GGAGGAGGGUUUGUGGGGCGUUGAAGAUGGGCUGACUACUGUGCUGUUUGUGGGUUCUGUGUGCGCAGGUGAAGUUGUCGAUGGCGCUGACGAAGCAGAUCUUGCAGUCUCUUCCGAGGCACUUCACCGAUGAAGGUCCUCACGGCAAGGACCCCGGCAAGGGGUCGAGGCACUGGAUGUUCAACUACUGCGAAACUCGGUUUGUCGGCACGAAGUCUGUCCUCAAGAGGCACUUCCUGACGAAGUGCAGUAUUGAGCUUGUGACUCGGGCAUUGACAGCGGAGGAGAGGGUGAUGAGAAUCGAGGGCAUCCGGAUGGGGAAGCCCCAGGCCAGUCAGCUCGAAGGUGCAAUUGGUGGAAGUGCUGGUCCGAGCACAGGACCGUCUUCCAGUAGUUGCGUGCCUCCAUCAUCAUCAGCACAGAGGUCGCGUACAUCAUCAUCAACACAGAGGCCGAGUGAUGGUGAGAUGCCCUCGCCUGCGGGAUCCGAGACAUGCUUCCCUCCUGCCCCUGGAAGUGGUGGACGGUCGGUGAGGCAAACUUUGCUCGAGGAGGCGGACAGUAGCAUCACCAAGAACGAGCAGACGAGUCGGAAGAUGGAUCGGUGGCUGAUUUGCACGAAUCAGCCAUUCAACAUGGUGGAGAACUACUACUUCCUUGACUUCAUCGAUGCUGUGAAGAAUUGCCAUCCCAGUUGGAUGCCUUGCAAGAGGGACGAGAUGAGGACAAGAAGGCUGGACGGGCAGUAUAAGUUGGUGGGGCAAGACACGGGGUCACUAGUCAAGAGGUGGGAGAGAACAGGGUGCAUGCUCCAGAUGGACGGGUGGUCGAACCGGAGGAACAAACCGCACCUGAACGUCAUGGUGUCUUCCCCAGUUGGAACCGUGUUUUGGAAGUCGGUCUGCAUGGAGGGGAGGGAGAAGGACUCGAAAGCGUACUUCAAGUUGUUGGACGAGGUGAUCCAGGAAAUCGGUGCGGGGUCCAUUGUCGGUGUUGUGAUGGACAAUGCAAGGGUUUGCGCCACAGCGGGAAAGAUGGUGGAGGCUAAGUACCCCGGUAUUUUUAGUGUGGGGUGCACAGCCCAUGCCUUAGAUCUGGCCCUGGAGGACAUGUACAAGUGCAUGGACUGGCUGAAAGCGGUCGUCGACAAGGGGAAUCAAGUUGGAAAGUUUUUCACCAACGUCGACAAGAUCCGCGAAAUGUACAACAAGAUCGCGAAGGCGCAACUCAAACAUCCGGCGGUCCCAAGAUUCGCAACAAACUUUGAGAUGAUUCAGUCGCUGAAGGGGGGGAGAAAUGCGUUGGAGCUCUGUGUCUGCAAUGAGGCGUGGGUGGAGAAGUUGGUGAGGGGGGAGCAAGUGGCGGCAUUCAACGCUGUCACCCGCAUCAUCAUGGACACGAAUGGUUUCUGGAAGGUUGUGGAUAAGGCCAUUGCGGUGAUGGAGCCUGUUGUCAAGCUCCUUCGUUUGGUGGACGGUCCAGGAGCAACUAUGAGCAAAGUGUAUUUCGGCAUGGACGCGGUUGUGGCUAGAAUGCGCACGCUGGACUGCCUGUCGGAGGCUGAGAAGGUGGAUGUGGAGAAGAUUUUGAUGGACCGGUGGGCAUUCAUGACAUCAGAGCUGCAUUGCACGGCCGCCUUCCUCGACCCCGAGUAUAGGAUGCAUACCUCGCGAGACACGGAGAUUCGCGAGGGGUUCAACAUCUGGCUUUACUCAUGGGCGCCGCCGGAGUUGCUGAAUGGAGAAAUCAGUAGACAAGUGGACAUGUGGGUGCAGGGAUUGGGCACUUUGGGGUCACAAAACGCAAGGGACCAGGCCAGUUCAAAGACUCCGGCGCUAUGGUGGGAGGCGUUCGGGGGAUCUUUGGACCUCCUCCAACCGCAGGCGAUCAAACUCCUUGGGCAGGUGAGCUCGUCGGCUGCGUGCGAGCGAAACAGGAGCUUGCACCAGCUCAUUUUCGGCCAACGCCGCACGAAGUUGAUGCCUGAGAGAAUGAACAAGCUGGUGUAUAGCAACUGGAAUAUCCAGUUGUCGACGCGGAGAGAGCGAGGGGACAGGGAAAACGUGCACAUUCCGUGGAAGGACGACGAGCUGGCGGGCACGGAAGUUGAUGAGUGGUUCGACCAAUGGGCCGCACGGGUUAGGGAAGGGACAGCCGACGAUGUUGCCGCAAAGGAGAUCCGUGCAGACGAAUUCGACGACGCCCCGUUGGAGCGCACAUGGCUGCGGAACAACGAGGAGGAGAACUUUGGGGAUGAUGAGGAUGAUAUCGCCGCACUCGGUGCGAUGGGGAGAGCAUGGCACGCAAACACGAAGCCCGGGAAGCACCGGGCGCGGGAGCUGCGCAGGAAGUCGGGUGGGAGGGAGGAGGUGUUGGGUCGCGGGCGACGCAAGAAGAAGGCAACAGCAUCGGACGUCGCCGAGGAACAGCCGGUUCAAAAACGAAAGAGGAAGGUCGCGGAGGAGGAUGCACCACCAAAAAAGAAGAGAGGGCGGCCUCCGCUUUCCCCUGCGAAGAAGGCUGCAAAAGCAGCAGCACGUGCAGAGGCUGCAGCAGCCGAGGCAAGAAGGCCUGCGAGGAAGAGAACGGCUGAGGUCGUCAAGGACGACGAAGAAAUUCCGUGUCCUAGCCGGAAAAAGCAUUCUUCUUCAUCAUCAUCAUCAUCGUCCGAAGAUAGUGCGUCGCAGAACAUAGAGGAGGAGGAGGAAAAGUCCCAGCAAUCGGACGAUAGUGGAGAGGCGGACGGGGAUGAGUCGGAGGAGGACCCGUCGCAGGCGGAGUCUCAUGGGGAAGAACAGUCGAGGGAGGAGGACGAGUAGACAUUAGAGAAUCAGUAUAUUGAGGGCAGUGUGUCCUUGCCUGCUUUUGGUUUCCUAAAAAGACAAACUUUGCAAACUCCGCUUUUGGGAUAUUGACCCUGACACUUUUGUUUGUCUUGAAUCUUGUGAUGUUUCUCGUUUCUGUCUGUGUUUGGAAAAACGGACAUGCUUGAAUGAUGCUUCCUAUCUGAUUGCACACACAUCGCUCAACCAGGUGAGUUACUAAGUUCCAACUUCCAAUCGCUGCCCCCGACAUCAUGCGUUGUGCACAGCGCCAGCGUGAAUCCUGCAGUGUGUGUGUGUGUGUGUGUGUGUGUGUUCUUCAACAAAACAUUAAAAAGAAA